ACGAGAUGAUUGCGCAUAUACAGGUUCGUCCAUCACCGGCUCGCUUCCUCCAUCUGCUCACCACUUGCAUUGAUACUGACACCUUCUCCUCUAUAGCUACCGGGAACCUACCAUCGAACCUCUCCUUCCUUCUUUCAAGUUGGUUCGCCGAUCCCCAAGAACUACCUCAUAUCGCCUUCGGACCUGGUGGCUCCUUCUUCUUCCAGUCAUCAGCACUGGCAGCCUGGGAACACCUCCCGCGACACCUCGACACUCUGCUGAACGAGUUACGGGAGUCCCGAGGUAUCGCGAUACCAGCUCGGUCGUUAUCCAUCGGAGAGAACGGAAGCUUCGUGUUCCUCACCGGUGCCGACGGAGAAAUCCCUGUGUGGAACGACAUCGAUGCCGAGCUCGCACACCGCCUCAGCGGGGAUGAAGAGAGGAUCACUGUCGAGAGCACAGCAUUAUCGUUGGCAACACGAGAAGACUAUCUCAUCGUUUUCUCCGACGGCUCGAUAUUCUACUCUGUGCCCGACGACCUAGUACCCGUCGUCCAACGCUUCGUGCGGACCUACCACCUCGCCCUACAAGAACACGAGCACCUGAUGGCGUGCCUCAACAUGUCGCGACCCGCCAGUCCGCGAGCGGAGAUGGCCGCCACGAUGGCGGCCAUGGCAACCAAAUGCGCCACGCAGAUGGACCAUCCGUUCAGUCUCGAGUUGCCGGACGGCAUACUCGGCUGGGACGAGGAAGUCAUCACGCGGUUCAUCGAAGAGGCCGUGGGUGUAAGCCGGAGUGAAAAUACCACACCGACGAGUUCCUCGCAGGAGCGAGAUAUGAUACGGCAUACCCCACAGACCCCAGUGUAUCCAUCGUAUCCGUACUCGGGGGGCAGACGAGCAAUCGGCAGUCCCCUGGCCAAAAAGCCGCUCGACGCGCCAAUAGCCAUGCGCGGCCGCGGCUCGGGAACGGAUUAUGCCGCGAACUGGGUCGAGAGCCAGGGGAUGCAUAUGUACGAUCCGUUGGGAAUGCAGUUGACUCAUGGAAUGGUGAUUGAGCUGUGAUUGUGAUAAUGUGUUUUUUCUUUGUGCUUCUACCUGGAGUUUUUCGUGUCUUUGCAAAGCGGGUUGCUUAUUUGGGGUGUAUCAAAAUCCUUAGAUGAUUUGGUCUGGUCUGGUCGGGUCGGGUCUGUUUUUUUUCGUCUUCCUUUUUUUUCUUUCUUUCUCGGAUGGGGGGCCUAACGACCGUCAUGAUUGAUUAUGAAUGUGUGCGUUUGCGCCGCAGCAUGUGCUUUGGCUUCUUCUGCUUCCCGUGCCUUACUUCCUUCCUUUCUUGCGUGCGUAGUUACUGCGGAUAGGAUGGAUGGAAAAAAUGAACGAGCGUUGAGUACCGUACCGUACACGAUACCUACAAUACCUCCUAACUCACCUCCGGGGAAACCGAACCGCAAC